GAAUCAUGAAAAAAAUAUAGAUCAAGAUGCUGAUAAGAAAAUAAAUAGUUAAAGUAAGGUUAAACAGCUGACUUGAAAUGUUAAAAUGUUGAAAAUCAUUUUCGUCUCCCAUUUACUUGGAUUUUUGACAUUCACACAAUCACAACCAGGAGUUAAAAAUCAAGCAAUUUUGGAUUUGUUUACUAAAAGCUACAAAGGAGAUGGCACCUAUUAUGGAGAAACAGUGGACGGAACUUGCCAAAUAGCAAGACCUCUGCCGAUGGCUGCUUCAGAUCCGAAAAUCUCCGCACUAGUUGCUCUUAACAGACCACAAUUUUUAAAUUCUAUGACAUGUGGCAUGUGUAUAAAGGUUGUUGGAUCAGGUCAUGGUCUUGGAAACAAUCCUAUAGUUGGGGAACAUAUUGUUUAUGUUAAAGAUAUGUGUCCAGUUUGUCAUGAAGGGGAUGUUGACUUCGCUCUAGAUGGUGAUGGCCGCUGGGAUAUCACAAUGCAAGCCGUCCAAUGCCCUGUUGGAUCUAGCACUAUUCAAUAUGCAUUUCAAGGCAGCAAUGCUUGGUACAUCAAGUUGCAGAUUAGAAACGCAAGAAUACCCAUCACCGGAGUCCAAAUUGAAAAAAAUGGAGCAUGGCAGACGCUAACACACAGCAUCGAUGGCUAUUGGCUUUUGAGCGGCGGAGGAGCUAUAGCCGAUGGUCCCAUCAAAGUUCGCAUGACGGCUGCCAAUGGUCAGGUGCUUGAGGAUAUGAUACCCAGGAUAGAUAAUGAUCACAUUCUAGAAGGUUUACAAAAAGUCCAAGUUGCCUUUGAUGCUUCUUUGCCAAGCGCAUAAUGUCCCUAUCAUUUAAUGAGACAUCAAAUACAGUGGUUUACAACAAUUAAAUGACAUGUUCCUGGCUUAAAUGUCUAAUAAUG